UUAUAAUACGUCAUAUUUUUGUUACUUUGAUUGAUCAACAACAUUGCUGAUUUUGAAUGGAAUGCGGAAAUGCUUAUUUGUUAUGUUUUGGUGUGGAUUAUAAAUUUAUGUGUUGUUUCGUCAUUAUCUUGUUAUCAGUGCAACUCAUCACAUCAUUCUAAUUGCUUAGAACACUUAACUGAUCUAGGUAAACAUUCACUUCAACCAACUCCUUGUACAACUUAUGGAGCACGAUUUUGUAUUAAAACUACUGGAAUCUACGGAGGUAAUAUAAAUUAUUAUUUGAAUAUCCAUAAGUGAGAGAAUAGUUUUCACUUUUGACCACUGGUUGAGCAAUUCUCACUGGUACACACUUUAGUUCAUAUGUCAUAUCAAAGAAAUGUCAAGUGAUCUCGAUUGUAACAUGUUACUACCCAAAUACUGAAUAAAAAUUCGGUCAUGUAGUAGAUUUACUGUAUAUUAUCGUGCUGAAUAUGUGCUUUCAUUCCCGACUAAGAUAAUCACCGGGUUUUCUUUGACUAAAAUCGACCUUCAUUCGAAGUUGUUAUCAUAUUCAUCUGCAGGUCACUUAUCAUUUAUUUUACGACUUAAAUAAUUAAUUUAUCUUAUCCAAAUAAUUGAAUACUUUAUGGAUUCAAUGCAUCAAGGUAAUAAGUAGAGCACAAAAUAUGUAUAUCCAGCAUAUAUAGGAUGAAAAUUGUAAAUAGAUUGUAUAUACAUUGUAAAAUAUUUGUUUACAAGUAAGUACAACUAGUUUAUUCAGAAAGCGUUGAAUGAUCUGAACAAAAUAAACCAAAUUACCCAUUGAACAACUAGCAGAUAUAUUCAGUGUCUACAAUUCAGGAUGUUACAUAAGAUCAACCAUAAAUCAUACUAGCAUGAGAUACACUGAUAAACCUUAAAGCUCUCAUAUACAGGUUGGUAGAGUAGUACGCUAUUGUUCAAUCGUUUAUCAGUUUUGGGGAGAGUAGUAACUAAUCGCAUCUAAUAAUACAAUCACUUCGUCGUAAAAUACAGGAAAAAAGUGGUAAGAAUGAGUGCUAAGUUCAUUUCUCAGAAAAAGGAAAAUAGUUAACGGCUGAAUUAUAUUCCUUGAGUAAUACAUAAUUUUCUUCUCAACCAGUCAGUCAGUCAGUCAGUCGGUCAUUUACAACGUAGAACGAUGUACAUAUAUGUAUCGGUCCAAGUUGCCAUAUCUCAUUAGCACAACAAGAUGAGCACUGAAUUCAUAGAAGUAGUCACUUCAAUGGUAGUAAUGUAUAAAAGAAAGCCUGUGUACAAGGAUAUAGUACAUGAAGAAAGAAUUAGUUAGUUGAUAGAAGGAAAGAUAUAAAGUAAAUUUAAUCCCACAGUUAAAAGGAGACGCUGAUAAAAUGCAGUCUUUUGAUAACACUGAGCAACAAUGCCAGAAUGUUUGGAAUGCGCUUCUCUCCCUCUAAAUGCAAGUUGUUGCUUCAGGAGUGGUCUGCGUCAACACCGGAAUUAAGGAUAGGGAGUGAGUAGUCGAACGCAUUGACAACUUCACUUGUCUUAGAAGUAUGAUCACCCUUAGGUACAUUGGUGUGUGAUGAAAUCUCAGCACGGAUUCGAAAAUCUCCUUUGGCUUUUACCAACUUACGUCACCUAUGGUGAAGGCGAGAUAUCUGUCUAUCAAUUAAGGGACGAGUAUAGUGCAUAACAGUUCGUUCUGUUCUAGUUUAUGGCUGCGAAACAUCUCCAUUAAGAGUUAAAGAUAUUCAUAAGCUACUAGUAUUUCACCACAGAUGUUUUAGAAAUAUUGCGGGUAUGUGCUGGGAUCACCGCGUGAGUAAGAGUGAGGUUAAAAUCAGGGUAUUAGGGAAUGAUGAUAAAUCCGUUGAUGAGGUUGUGAAUCUUCAUCGACUGAGAUGGUUGGACUGUGUGUUACGUAGGCCUGAACACCGAUUACCACGACACGUAAUGCUGACCAGUGUUGGGGAUGGUUGACAGAAACUUAGGGGCAUCCAAACCAAAACGUGGCAUCAGUUCAUAAAGUCACUAACGUCUGGUCUGAGUCAUGUUGGUAGAUGCAGACUACUUGAUUGGGGUCCACACAACUAUUGUAACCAAUAGUUGGAGACUAUGUGUGACAUGGCUCAGAAUCGAUCACAAUGGCGUAUGUGUAUACACUCUCUAUCUUCCCU